AUGGCCGAGCGCAUGCAGCGCGCCCCCAUCCCGGUCCCGUCGCUGCCGUUCGGCGCGCUGCAGACGGCGUUCGUCGCCCCCAGCGGCACCUAUGCAAACAGCGACGCGCCGCCGGUCGUACUCCUGCAUGGCUUUGAUAGCAGCAGCCUGGAGAUGCGGCGCCUGCACCCCCUCCUGGAGCAAGAGGUCGAGGCCUGGGCAGUGGACCUGAAGCGGGAGCACCUCUUCAGCUUCUGGCAGGAGAAGAUCGGCCGGCCGAUGGUGCUGGUGGGCGCGUCGCUGGGCGGAGCCAUUGCCCUGGAGUUUGCGCUCGAAUACCCAGAGGCCGUGGAGAAGAUUGUUCUCAUCGAUGCUCAGGGUUUCAUCGACGGCAUCGGCCCCAUGUCCACGAUGCCGCGCCCGCUGGCCGCCGCGGGCGUGUGGGUGCUGAGGACCGAGCAGCUGCGCAUGGCGGCCAACCGCAUGGCGUACCACGAUCAGGCCUUCGCCACGGAGGACGCCAUGCGCGUCGGGCGGCUGCACACGCACCUGGACGGAUGGUCGGACGCGAACAUCGCAUUCAUGCGGGGCGGCGGCUACGCGAUCAGCACGCGGCUCGGACAGGUCACUCAGCCCGUUCUGGUGAUCUGGGGGCGCCAGGACCAGAUCUUGGAGCCCAAGUAUGCAGAUCAGUUCUUGGAUGUGCUGCCUGACGCGCGGCUCGUGUGGCUCGAGGGCUGCGGCCACUGCGGCCACCUGGAGAAGCCGCGCGAGACCGCCGACGCCAUCCUCGGGUUCAUCAACGGGGGCGGCGCGGCCUCGGACGGCCGGGCGGGCGGCGCGUUCGUCGCGGAUGGCGUCUUCUACGCCGAGCUCAACGAGCUGCUCGUGCGUGAGCUGGCCGAGGACGGCUACAGCGGCGUGGAGGUCCGCCAGACGCCCAUGCGCACAGAGAUCAUCAUCCGCGCCACGCGCACUCAGAACGUCCUUGGCGAGAAGGGCCGCCGCAUCCGCGAGCUGACCUCUGUGGUGCAGAAGCGCUUUAACUUCCCCCCAGAGACCGUAGAGCUCUACGCCGAGAAGGUCGCCAACCGCGGCCUGUGCGCCGUGGCGCAGGCAGAGUCGCUGAGGUACAAGCUGCUCGGCGGCCUCGCCGUGCGCAGACGCGGCGGCGGCGCGGAGGAGCGGCAGCGUGCCGGCCGCGGCCGCGAGGGGCACGGGGCGGCCAGCGACGGCGGCAGGCGGCGCUGCUGGCGGCAGCAGCUGCCGGGCAGCCAGGCGCGGGAGCUGCUGCAGGAGCAGCUGCUAUGA